AUGGAGCACGCUGUUACUUUACGUUUGUGGCAGCGGGUUAACCCGCAGGGACCGCAUAGCCUGACGAGGCGGUGCGGUCCCCGCUCACCCGGCUUCUCGCAGCGUUUAUCGCAGCUGGUUGAUGACAGCAGCUUGAGCGGCUUUCACCCGCACCGCGCGGCCGCUGCGCCCGCCCUCCGCGGGAGCGCUCGGGACGCGGAUCGGGGCGGAGCGGCCGCUCCCGCCCCGCCCCGCCCGCCGUCCCUCCCGCUCCUGCUUCCCUCCCGCUCCCUGCAGCCCUCCCUCCUUCGCUGGGUGCCGCCGACGCUGGCGGAGCAGCAGGCGGGCGGGAUGGCGGCGCGGGUGCUGCUGCUGGCGCUGUGCGCGGUGCUCGCUGCCUGCCGGGUCGCGGCAGAGCCGGCGGCGGGGGCCUCUAGCCGGCGGCGGCGGCUGAGCGCCGAGGAGGGCAUCUCCUUCGAGUACCACCGCUACGCCGAGCUGCGGGAGGCGCUGGUGGCCGUGUGGCUGCAGUGCCCCGCCAUCAGCAGGAUCUACACGGUGGGGCGCAGCGCCGAGGGCCGGGAGCUCCUGGUCAUCGAGAUCUCGGACCGCCCCGGCGAGCACGAGCCCGGAGAGCCAGAAUUUAAAUAUGUUGGGAAUAUGCAUGGGAAUGAAGCUGUUGGAAGGGAGUUACUCAUCUUCUUGGCACAGUACUUGUGUAAUGAAUACCAGAAAGGAAAUGAUACUAUUAUCAACUUGAUCCAUAGCACACGUAUCCAUAUCAUGCCGUCUUUGAACCCAGAUGGCUUUGAGAAGGCAGCAUCCCAGCCUGGUGAGCUUAAAGACUGGUUUGUUGGUCGAAGCAAUGCCCAAGGGAUAGACCUAAACCGGAAUUUCCCCGAUCUUGAUAGAAUAGUUUAUGUUAAUGAGAAAGAAGGUGGCCCAAACAACCAUCUUCUGAAGAACAUGAAAAAAGCUGUGGACCAGAAUCCCAAGCUUGCUCCUGAAACAAAAGGUGUCAUUCACUGGAUUAUGGAUAUUCCCUUUGUGCUCUCUGCCAAUCUUCAUGGAGGAGACCUUGUUGCAAACUAUCCUUAUGAUGAGACUCGGAGUGGCAGUGCUCAUGAGUACAGCUCCUGCCCUGAUGAUGCUAUUUUUCAAAGCCUGGCUCGCAGUUAUUCUUCUUUUAACCCUGCCAUGUCCGAUCCGAACAGACCACCGUGUCGUAAAAAUGAUGAUGACAGCAGCUUUGUGGAUGGAACAACUAAUGGUGGGGCGUGGUACAGUGUCCCAGGAGGAAUGCAGGAUUUCAAUUACCUCAGCAGCAACUGCUUUGAAAUCACAGUGGAGCUUAGCUGUGAAAAAUUCCCACCUGAAGAAACUCUGAAGGGCUACUGGGAGGACAACAAGAACUCUCUUAUAAAUUACAUUGAGCAGAUUCAUCGAGGAGUGAAGGGGUUUGUUAAGGAUCUUCAGGGCAAUCCAAUAGCCAAUGCUACAAUUUCUGUGGAGGGGAUAAGCCAUGAUGUAACAUCAGCCAAGGAUGGUGAUUAUUGGAGAUUGCUUGUGCCUGGAAAUUACAAAGUUACGGCCUCAGCACCUGGCUAUCUAGCAAUAACUAAAAAAGUGGCUGUGCCCUUCAGCCCUGCUGUUGUGGUUGAUUUUGAGCUGGAGUCAUUGUCUGAAAGAAAAGAAGAGGAAAAAGAAGAGUUGAUGGAAUGGUGGAAGAUGAUGUCAGAAACACUAAAUUUUUAAAUGAUGAUUUUGGCUUUACAGCUUUUAAUCUAUUAUAUGUUGACUUAGUAUAAUGUACUGUGGAAACUCCCUAUAUUCUAGAUUUUGUGCACUUCACAAUAAUUAACUUUGAAUUUUUCAGUCAUCUUUUGAUUAAUAUGAUUACAAAUAACUACUAGCCUCCUAGGUAGAUAAAUAAGUUAUUAAUUUUCUUUCAUAUUGUUAUAGAAAAUUUACUCUUCUAUAAAAAUCAGAAAAAAUGAAUGAAUAUGCAGCCUAUAUGACAGUAAAAUCUGUUGUGUAUUAUUUGCAAGUUCAGAAUAUGUAGGUUAACACUUGAUUUUAAAAAAUAAAUAUGCUGUAGUCGAUUACCGAUGCUGCCAGAAAUAUUUGACAGUGCAUAGUAGUAGACAGUGCUCUUUACUGAGUUCUAUAAUGGAUGUUAUUGAAAAGAUUUAUAAUAACAGUGUGUGGUGAAAUAAUGUUUUACAAGGAUUAAAAUUCAGUAUAACACUUUGUAUGUCUCUGGUGUUGGAGCUAUUUAAAUAUGUAAGGAACACAAGCUGACUUCAUUUUAGUAAGCAGAAAGAAUCUGCGUAAACGCUUUAAUAAAAGAUGGCAUAGAAUGAAUUCAGGAAAAAGCAGAGCUUUAUUCCUUAAACAGUUGAUAAUGUUUGGAGAUCAGGUUUUAAUUAUUUCUCAUUACUUGUUAAACAAAUUAGGAAGUGGAAGAAGAUCAUCUAGUGCAUCUCAUUUAUAGGCUGCUUGUGCUUGUUUUACGGCAAGAAAAAAAUCAUAUCAGGUGAAGUGUGUUUUAAUUAAAUAAUUACCUUUUCAACAAUCUUUACUUGUAUCAGUGAUGCCUAGAUAAUCAGAUAAGAGGUCAUCUUUUCACUGAAGGCUAUCAAAAUAUUACAGUUUAGACACUGAACUGGAAAUCUACUGAGAUUGUAUUUUUAGCGUUGCAAGUCAAUAAUGGAUAUGUUUCAAGCUCUGUUUCUUCUGCUGGCUAGCCUUAUCUAAAACUAGAAACAAGACAGAUAAGUGAAAUUUUUUUCAGUGUGGUGAAAUUUUCAGAAAAAUGUUGAAGGUGAUACAAAAGCAACUUUGAUUUAAAACAAUUAUUUUUGGUCACUUUUUGAUUUUUUUAAACCUUAAUUAACAUGCUAUAGUAUUUUGGCAAAGAUGAGUGAAAUUUGCAGAGCCAGAGAAUACAUGUGGACCAUAGUAGGUGCAGGUUUGGUGUAAUUCUUCGGAAGUGACUCCUGGUAUGCUACUUGAGAUAAGCUAAGGAUCUUGUCUGUUUGAAAGCUUACAUAUAUUGCUAGUCUAUUUUAAUUCAAGAUCAGAUAUUUGAUAGAGAUUUCCUUCCUCUGUUUCUUUAAUACCACUCUCUGUGUUUUGAUUAGCAUAUUAUUUUAGCUGGUGCUCGUUCGGAACCAAUCAAGAGUAGACUAUCACACUUCUGCUGUAAGUGAAAAAUCACAUAUUCAGGUGCAGGAUCAAAAUUUACCUCCUUUGGGUAUUAAAAAAUUUACUGCAAAUACUGUUUUCUGAUAAUUUUAAAUUCUUUAAUAAAAAUAGCACCUGAUCCUCUUAAGGAACAGGCUUAAGGUUUGACACGCAAUGGUAAACUGAACAGCAAUAAAAAAGCAUAAACUUUC